ACCCGUCUAAUUUCUGGAUUUAUUUUUCAGUUCAUCCUUAGUCGGAAUGGUUAUUUCCGUUUAUGUUAUGGCUUCGUCAUCGACAACAGAUUCUACAUCAGUUCCAGAGACUACAAAUUUGCAGAGAAAAUCAAAUGAUGUUGGUUGGGAAUUUGGCAUGUUGAUAAAUCCCAACAAUUUGGACAAAAUGGAAUGCAAAUUAUGUGGAAAGGAGUUUUCAGGAGGAAUAUAUAGACUAAAGCAACAUGUUGCUAGAAUACAAGGAAAUGUUGCAGCUUGUCCAAACUCUAAGAAAGAAGACCAAGAAAAGUGCAAGUUAGCAAUUCUAGAAGCACAAAACAAGAAGAAAAGAGUUCGGAUGGCAGAUUUGGAAACUCGAAAGAUGGUAAAUGUUGAUGGAAAACGAGAGGAGGAUGACGAAGUAAUUGAAGUAGAAGGAAUGGGAGCAAACAAAAGUGCUCGCAUGCUUGGUCCUAUGGAUAGAUUUACUUCAGGCAUCAGUCCUGAAACUCCUAAAGGUCCAAUAUUGACACCACAACAACAACAUAUCAAGAAUCUUAUUGCAAAAGAAAGAUUACAUGCGGUACAUCAAUAUGUUGCUAGAUGGGUGUAUUCUCAUGGCAUUCCUUUCAAUGCUAUUGCAAAUGAUGAAUUUAAGAGAAUGCUUGAAGCUGCUGGACAGUUUGGACCAGGUGUUACUCCACCUAGUCAAUAUCAGUUGAGGGAGCCUUUGUUAAAAGAAGAGGUUGAUCGAGUGAAAGGUUUGAUGAAAGAACAAGAAGAUGAGUGGAAAGUGAAUGGAUGUUCCGUAAUGACAGAUGCUUGGUCGGAUAGAAAAAGAAGGUCAAUCAUGAAUUUGUGUAUCAACUGCAAAGAAGGUACAAUGUUUCUCUCCUCUAAAGAUUGCUCUGAUGAUUCCCAUACAGGUGAAUAUAUCUUUGCAUACGUCAAUGAGUGCAUCGAAAAAUUAGGUGGAGAUCAUGUAGUUCAAGUAGUAACGGACAAUGCCACUAACAACAUGGCUGCUGCAAAGUUGUUAAAGGAGGCAAGACCCACCAUAUUUUGGACUUCUUGUGCAACUCACACAAUAAAUCUGAUGGUAGAAGGCAUUUCUAAACUUGCUAUGUUUGAAGAAACAAUUAAAAUGGCCAAAGCUUUUACCAUUUUUAUAUACGCCCAUCACCAGACCUUGUCCAUGAUGAGGAGUUUUACCAAGAGAAGAGAUAUUGUGAGGCCUGGAAUAACUAGAUUUGCAUCGGCUUUUCUUACUUUGAAAAGUUUGGUAGAGAAGGAAGAAAAUUUAAAGAUGAUGUUUGCUAGCAAUCAAUGGAAACAAUGUAAAUGGGCAAAGCAUGUUAAAGGACUCGCAGCCCGUAACACAGCAACGAGUAUGGAAUUUUGGGAUGGUGUGGAAACGUGCUUGAAAGUCUUUGCACCUUUGGUUAGCGUACUUAGAUUGGUUGAUGGAGAUCAAAAGCCUACAAUGGGUUUUCUACAUGGAGAGUUAGAAGAGGCAAAGAAAGAGAUAUGUAAGGCACUAGGAAAUCAUGAGAAGAAUUAUAGACCAAUACUUGGUAUCAUUGAUGAAAAGGGUAAAGAUCGACUUGAUAGUCCUCUUCAUUGGAUGGCAUAUUUUUUGAAUCCUUAUUAUUUUUAUAAGGAUUCGACUAUCCAAUUCGACCGAGAUAUCAUUACUGCUACUUUCAAGUGUGUUGAUGCGUUUUUUCCGAACGAUGUUAAUACUCAAACAUUUGUCAUCAACACUGAACUUCCAAAGUAUACAAAGAAAGAGGGAAACUUUGGACAUCCAACCGCCAUUAAAGGAUGUUCCAAGAAUGAUGAAAAUUAUGAUCCAGUUCAAUGGUGGAACUUUUAUGGAGUUGAAGUUCCCAAACUACAAACAAUGGCAAAAAAGAUUUUGUCUUUGACGACAAGUUCAUCAGGAUGUGAGCGUAAUUGGAGUACUUUUGAAGGGAAGCAAAAGGAGAAGAAUGUGGACAUACUAGUUGCAGAUUCUGCUGCUCAUGCUCAAGACUGGAUUGUUGAAGAUGCUGAUGUGGAACUAGAAGACAUACCCACAAAUGAAGAUUUGGUUAGGGAGCUUGAUGAAUCUGAUGAUGAUGGCGAAGACAUUAACGUUGAUUUUGAGUCUGAUGAUGAGCAUGCUAUGGAGGAUUUAUUGGAGAAGAGGCUAACUGGGACUGACUCGGUCGGGAAGAAACGAGUCAGAGACGAGUUAGGCUUGGACUCGCCGGACGUGAAGCGGUUGAGAGAGGAUUUAUUCCAUGACUCGGGGUUUGACCCAGUGAUUCAAGAUCUUGACUCGGUGAUGAAGAGUUUGGAGGAUGAGUUAUCGAACACGCUGGUGCAAGGCUCCGGUGACGGUGAAACUCAGCCGGAUCUUGGGUAUCUUUUCGAAGCUUCUGACGACGAGCUGGGUUUACCUCCACCGCCGCCUCUACCGCUGAAUCUUCCUCCGUCGUGUGAGGAAACGGAGGAGACGGUGAUGGAAUUGGUACGAGCCUCGUCGGAAUCAUCAGAGGUUGGAGAGUUAUGUGGGUUUGAGGAUCAUGUUACGGAUUUCGGAUCUUGCGAUUUGGGUGAUGAUGGGCUUUUCGAAUAUUCCGAUGUCUGUUUAGAUACCGGCGAUUUGUUUUCAUGGCGGCCGGAGUUUUUACCGGCGGAGUAAACAAUAUUCCGGGGUUUUUUAAAAAAUAGCGGGGAACGAAACGGUGGCGUUUUGUCAAGCGUUUUACCUCGCUUUUUUUUUUCUCUAUUAUUGGAUGAUAGGUUUUAGGAUCUAUAUAUUUUGUUAAGUUAUUAGGAUUAGAAAAAUCAAAUGUUUUUAGUAAG